ACCCACCUUCUCUCUCUACCAAGAAUCCAUAGUCAGAUCAAUGAAGAGGUAAAAAAGUUUGUAACUUUCUCUAAGGUUCAAGUAUUGCUACUCUUUUCUUGGUAUAUAUAUUUUUUACCUGUUUUAGCUUUAUGGGUAUGUUAAAGAUUUGAUUUUAACAAGAUUUUGGUAGCCCCAAAAAUGGGUUCUUUGUAUAUAUUAUUAUUUAGCUAAAUUGGUGCUCAAUUUUUCAUGGAUAUUAUCUUAUGGUUCAAGAUUCAAUUUUUCUGGUGUUUUAUGAUUGAUAGAUUGAGUUGACUUAAUAGUUGAUAUGUUGGAUUGUUAUGACUUGUGGGAGUUAGCUGUCUUUAAGUUUAGUAUUUUGGGUAUUUCAAGAAUGUGUUUUUAGGACUGAAAUGUUUGAUUUUUAGUUGUGAAGUUGGGGUUUUUGGAGAAAAUGAAUAGUUCUGGUAUGGGUGGUGGUUUUUUAUCAGGUUAUAAUGGUGGAUUUUUGGGUAUGAAUAGGCUACAACAGCCUCAAUCGAAUAGUAAUAAUCCAGCUCAUGGUCAUCAGACUAAUCACAAUAACGUACAAUCGUUGAUGAGUACGAAAUUGGGGCUUGAAAAUGAUAAACAAAUUGGUCUGAUGGAUGUCAAGAGUUGUAUGCCAUUUGGGAAGGAUAAAGCUGUUGGGCCGAGUAAUGUUGUGAAUAGUAGUAAUAUUAAUCAUAAUAACAAUACGAGCGAUGAGGAUGAGCCUAGUUUCACGGAGGAUGGAAAUGGCGAUAACAAUGGUGGGGCGUUGGGGAAAAAGGGAUCUCCGUGGCAAAGAAUGAAAUGGACUGAUAAUGUUGUUCGGCUUCUUAUACAAGUAGUUGCAUGUGUCGGAGAUGAUGGCAGUUUAGAGGGUACUGAGGGGUUGAAAAGAAAAUCGGGGUGUGUUCAGAAGAAGGGUAAAUGGAAAACGGUGUCGCGAAUAAUGAUGACUAAUGGUUGUCAUGUCUCGCCACAGCAGUGCGAGGAUAAGUUUAAUGAUUUGAACAAGAGGUACAAGAAAUUGAAUGAUAUUCUCGGAAGGGGUACUUCUUGUGCAGUGGUGGAAAAUCCGGCUCUAAUGGAUUCCAUGCCGCAGCUUUCUGCUAAGGCCAAGGACACUGUGAAGAAGAUACUUAACUCAAAGCAUUUGUUUUAUAGAGAGAUGUGCGCUUACCACAAUGGACAAAAGAUACCUGAUUGCAAUGAUCUUGAAUUUCCUGUUCACUCUUCACCUGUUGCGGCACAGUGUGCAAAAGAUAAUAACGGCUCCCAGGGAGACGAAGCUGAAGAAAAUAAUGAAAGUGAUGAUGAUGAUGAUGAAUCGGACGAUGAAGAAGAUAACCACGGUGUUGAUGAGAGAAUGAGACGAGUUGAAGAAAAUGGCAACUUCUUGCCACAUACUAGUGGGAAUGAUAGUUUUAUUGCUGAAAUUAAUGAAUUUUUUCAAGACCCUACGAAAUCGAGGUGGGAACAGAAAAUGUGGAUUAAGAAACGGAUGCUACAACUAGAAGAGGAAAAGAUUGGCAUCCAAGCUGAAGCCCUCGAGUUGGAGAAACGUCAGUUUAAGUGGCAAAGAUUCUGCCGGAAGAAAGAUAGGGAGCUUGAAAUAGAAAGGCUGGAGAAUGAGAAAUUAAUUUUGGAGAAUGAGCAUAUGUCGUUGCAACUGAAACGUAAGGAGCUCGAGAUAGACAGUAAGAAGCCCAAUAUUUCUUUUAAUUCUGCACCUCUCAGCAUAGAUAGACCGCGGGGAAGAGAUCAGAUUGAUGCUGCUCGGUAUCAUUAGCUAUUAAUCAUCGGAGAUCUCCAAGUUUUGAGGCAACAUGUAUGUCAUCGCCCCCUUCUGUUGUAAAAUGUUAUAAAAAUGUUUUACAGCUCAAUGCUUCAGCCAACUUGUUAGUCACUUGUUUUAUAUUCUCCUAGUGUUUUUCUCUAAAAUUAACUGCAUCGCUUUGUUAAGAAAGUUGUGUUUGGCUUUACUCUCGGCGAUUGUCCAAACUUCUACCACCUGAAAUCAUUUAGAAUAUGAA